AUGGAAUACUUGACUCAUUUGAAUAAGGAAAAUCCCGAAUUGGCCACCACGCCAAAGUACCCUGACUUGACAUGGACAGAUCCUGUGGUUUUCUGGGACUUUCAUGUAUACUACGACGGUGAAACACGAGACGAGGCCAACGCUCUUAAGCAUAAGAUCUUGGAGGAUUUCCCCAAGGAAGCAGAGGAAGGGUCGAUCAUAGUGAAACAACUCAAGGUGGAGAAGGCCAUUGGCCCACACUACGAUCUCUUUUGGGAGGUGGACGUGGCAAGAGUGGACGUUUUCGCCAAAAUCCUCAGCUGGUUUGUUCAGCACCACGGCAACUUGUCUGUGUUGGUGCAUCCCCAGACUGGCUUUGAUCUCUUGGACCAUACCACCCACGCCCUCUGGUUGGGCGAGAAGAAACAAUUAAAAACAUUUAUUUUCCCCGAUCAUCCGACGGGGGUUCCGGCGUUCGGGGUGCCUAGCAAACCCCAGCCGGAGAAAUAG